GUCAGUCGGUAUGAGAAAUGAAAUUUGUGUGAAGGAAAUCGUAAAUGUCAUAAAUUUAAAGUGAUUGAAUCAGCUCGUGUUUAAUAACUGUGGAGAGUUGCCAGACCUGUGUUCAGGAAAACUGGCGAACUUAUAGUUGGACGUAGGACUUGGCCGCGGAAGUAUACAAAGUGUUGUGGUGGUCCAUCGAAAAUACAGUACCGUACUUUAGAAUAUGAAACCCGCUUUGCGGUUAGGAAUAUUUACGCUCGCAGUGUAACCUUCAGCUGUCAGCAGCAAGUGACAGAAGUGCAAGUAUAAAUAUACUGCUAGUCAAUUUCGUUGGACGACCGAAACCUAUUUACAAAUAAAACGAAUGACAGCGCUGCGCGUCGAUGUACUCACCAGGCCCGGCAUCAGAGUGCAAAAGUGGUUUCUAGUAGUGUGUAUCAUAUUAAGCGUAUUCUAACCGCAUUGAUUGCCCUCCUGUGCGUGGAACUGUUUGCACUCGAGAAAACUGCACCGAAGUUGAGAGGAUCAAACAUGGCAGAUCCCUUUUUGCUUGAAAGCUAUUUCUACAAUAAAAACUUGUUGCAGAAGGACAGAAAUCAGUUGAUGUUUGAGGAUAAAUGGCCAUCUAUGAGGCCAAUUAUUCUUAAACUCCUUCAACAGGAACCUGUUACACAAAAUGAGUGGCAAGAUCUAUUCUAUUCUGUUCAUUUGGUGUGCUUGUGGGAUGAAAAAGGGCCACCUAAAGUUAAGGAUGCACUUAAGGAUGACAUUAUGGAUUUCAUCAAACAGGCGCAACAGAGAGUACUGGCACACCAGGAGGAUCAGGCCCUGUUGAAAGCAUAUAUUGCUGAGUGGAGGAAGUUUUUCACACAAUGCAAUUAUUUACCAACUCCCUUCAGACAACUUGAGACUGCUUUAGCUGGAAAGGCAAGUUCAUCAGGCCAAAAAAAGUCAACAGCAGACGAGAGUAUUGUGAGGAAGUUAAUGCUGGACAGUUGGAACCAGAGCAUAUUCUGUGACAUUAAACAACGUCUUCAGGAUUCUGCCAUGAAAUUAGUGCAUGCAGAACGAAAUGGAGAAGCUUUUGAUUCCCAGCUUGUUAUUGGCGUUCGAGAAUCGUAUGUUAAUCUCUGUUCGAAUCCUGAGGAUAAACUCCAAAUAUACCGAGAAAAUUUUGAAAAGGCCUACAUUGAAGCAACAGAGGCAUUUUAUCGAAUGAAAGCGCCUCAGUACCUCCAGGCAAAUGGUGUUCAAAAUUAUAUGAGGUAUGCUGAUGCAAAACUGAGGGAGGAACAGCACAGGGCGCAGAAGUACCUAGAGCCAUGCAGUGGAUCAGUGCAAGUACUGACAGAUUGUUGUGUGAAAGUUUUGGUGUCCACGUUCAAAACCACAAUACUUGCUGAAUGUGCUGGAAUGAUUAAGGCAAAUGAAACUGAAAAGCUGCGGCUGAUGUUUAAGCUUAUGGAUCGUGUUCCCGACGGAAUAGCAUCAAUGUUAAAAGAUCUUGAGGAUCACAUUAUGAGUGCUGGAUUAGCUGACAUGGUUGCUGCUGCUGAUAUAAUUACACAGGAUUCGGAAAAAUAUGUUGAAAGGCUUCUUGAACUCUUUCACCAGUUCAGCGUUUUAGUUUCUGACGCUUUUAAUGAUGAUCCAAGGUUUCUGACAUCUCGGGAUAAAGCAUAUAGGCAUGUUGUUAAUGAUACACAGGUGUUCAGGCUAGAACUGCCAUCAAAACAGAGUGCAGGCCUCAAGUCCCAGCCAGAAUCAAAGUGUCCUGAACUUCUAGCAAAUUAUUGUGACAUGUUAUUGAGGAAAACACCUUUGAGCAAAAAGCUGACAUCUGAUGAGAUCGAGAAUAAGCUGCGGGAUGUGUUGCUAGUACUAAAAUACGUUCAGAACAAAGACGUAUUCAUGAGAUACCACAAAGCACAUCUCACAAGACGUUUAAUAUUAGAUACAUCAGCAGACUCUGAAAAAGAAGAAAAUAUGGUGGAAUGGCUUCGAGAAGUUGGAAUGCCUGCAGAUUAUGUAAACAAAUUAGCGAGAAUGUUUCAAGACAUAAAAGUCAGUGAAGAUUUAAAUCAACAAUUUAAGGAACAGUACAGGAAUACUAGAGGUAGCAUAGCAGACUCGAUCAACAUCAAGAUCUUGAAUGCCGGGGCUUGGGCACGUGGAAGUGAACGUGUAACUGUGUCAUUGCCUCUGGAGCUAGAAGACUACAUUCCGGAAGUAGAAGAUUUCUACAAAAAGAAACACAGUGGGAGGAAACUGCAAUGGUACCAUCAUAUGUCUAAUGGGACGAUAACAUUUGCAAAUAAUGUUGGAAGAUAUGAUGUAGAUGUCACCACUUUCCAAAUGGCAGUUCUUUUUGCAUGGAAUCAGCGUCCAUACGAUAAAAUACCAUACGAAAAUUUAAGGCUGGCCACUGAGUUACCUGAUCCAGAGCUUAGAAGAACAUUGUGGUCUCUUGUCGCAUUCCCAAAGCUUAGAAGGCAAGUUCUGUCAUACGAACCAGAAGUGCAGUCACCAAAGGACUUUGAGGAAAACACCAUGUUCUGGGUUAAUCAAGAAUUUGCUCUGGUGAAGAAUGGAAAGCUUCAGAAACGGGGGAAAAUCAACCUCGUUGGACGGCUGCAGCUUUCCACUGAGAGGAGCAAGGAGGAAGAUAAUGAAAGUAUAGUGCAGCUGAGAAUACUUCGUGUACAGGAGGCUGUUAUCAAAAUUCUGAAAAUGCGUAAACGAAUUACAAAUGUCCAACUUCAAACAGAACUUGUAGAUAUCUUGAAGAAUAUGUUUCUACCCAGCAAGAAGAUGAUCAAAGAGCAAAUAGAAUGGCUUAUAGAACACAAAUAUAUGAGAAGAGAUGAAGACGAUAUUAACACAUUCAUAUACAUGGCAUGAAAGAAAAUGUAAUGUUUGAUGCCAUUGAAGUAUUUGUCUGCAAAGUGGAGGAAUUUCAACAGAAGAGGAAGUUUCUUCAUCCGGAUUCCUAAGAAAGGUGUGUCGAGCAACUCAGAAGUAUGGUUUGUGUUAUCAAGCACUUUUUGUUAGUGGCACAUUUGUAAAAGUGGGACUCGUGCAGAUACAAAAGCACAUGGCAGCAUUUUGUUGCAGAACUGUAUUUUCACCAGAUGGUUUCAAAUCCAAGUGCCUUUCAUGUUUAUCAUUGACAACUCUCAAAUGUACCUCGUAAGUUGUUAUCACUUCUUGGAAGAACUGCUUAUCCAUUGCAUGAGAUCACUCACUAGCGAACAAGUUGCACUGUUCUAACAUGUCAACAAGUGCUAAUCAGAUAGGAAAUGAGACUAUUAUGUAAGUUACAAUAUGCAAAAAGUUGUUUAGCUGCCGCAGAGGAAAUGGAAAGCUGCUUCCAGAAUACUUUUUACCAACAAUUUUACUAACAGUCAGGUGCAGUUAAACAUAAUGCAUGUUGUAAAGUAAUUUUUUUCCUUGGAAAUUUUACGCACUGAGCUAUCAGUGCUGAUCCAAAAGAUGUAAUUAUGAAAUAGCUGAAAAAAUUGUACAUUUCUGUUUUGUGAACAGUACAGGAUUAGUUAAUUCUUAGCAGGUAUAUUUUAUUGUUGUCUUGUUGGUCUCAGAGUAUCAAUUUAUUGGUGGUAAUGUAAAAUAUGAGAGAGCAAACUGACUGUAAAAAGUAAUUGCUAAAGGCUUCAGAGGUUAUCUAAGUCUUGAUACAGAUCUAAGCUAUUGUAAACGAUGAUUUUCUCAGGAAAUUUUCAGUGAAUGCUUUUCAACUUUCCAAAUCACAAUUGUCUUCUGUAAACCAAACAGUGGAAGGCGAAAUACGUCACGGAUGUGACUUACACGUGUGUGCAUUUUAAAAAUGAUUGUGAAUGUGGGAGAUAAAUUUUCCCAUAGCUCACAAAACCGCCACACGUCUCACAACACUCUGGUUCCUUCACCACUCACAUUUAUUUUUGAGCCUAAUUUGUUUUCAUUUCAGUAUCAAAAAUAGUAAUAGAUGUACCAGACUAAGGGUCGCACUGAAAAAGUAAUCCAGGUUCUUGCAAAGUUUAACGCAAUUAGCCACAGUUGUCACUCAAAAGUACGGGGUGAUUAUAAUUAAAGUUGAACUUUCAAACCGCUGGAGAAAUAACACCACUGGUCAGAAUGAUGUUAAAUUGCAAUGGAAUUUUACUGGAGAAGGGGGAAAGCGUAUGGCAGAAGAAAGAUAAAUAGUUACAAAAUGUAGCAAUAGAUGGCGCUGUAAGCAUCACAAUUUAAUAGUGGUCGACUACAAAUGAUAAAUGAAUCAUACAACGAUGCUUAAGGUGUACUUUUGACAUUAAACUGUAGUACUCAGUGUGCGUGGGUGCACAGGUGUAAUACUGUUAGUUACGUAAGCCCAUCCACCACAGCAAGAUCGUAUCACAUUGGAUGGAAAAAAUCUGUUUUUAAUUGUCCAGAGCCCAAAAACAAGCAUGAAUCAAAACCAAAUCAGAUUAUUAAUUUCCGUGUGACUGGCGCAAAACAUGUUCAGUAUGCUGUCCACUGUUUCCUGCAACAAGUUGAAAUCAAGAAAUAGCGUGCUGCACAACUGAUCAAAGCGUUUCCAGUGAAAUGUUCAGAAUGUGUUGCACAAUGCAUGCCUUCAGUGCAGCUAAGUUUGCAAUCAGAACACUGAACACAACAUCUUUCGUAUAGCCCCACAGCCAGAAGUCACGUGGAUUAAGGUCAGGUGAUCGGGACGGCCAGGCUGUAGGGAAAUAGCGGUUGAUAAUUCUAGCAUUUCCGAAAUGGCGCUUCAGCAGCUGCAUAGUUGGAUCGUGCAUAAAAAUGAUCCCACCCGCACAUCCACACUGUUGGGGAGCUGGAAUGACGUGGUUGCACAAAAGACACUCGUAGCAUUUACCAGUGACAGUACAGGUAAAAGGAUUGGAAGCACCUGUCUCUUCGAGAAAAUGUGGCCCUAUGAUAAAUGAUGCUGUAAACCCGCAUCACACAGUGACCUUUUCAGGAUGAAGUGGUACUGGUUGAUUUGCGUAUGGAUUUUCCAUUGCCCAUAUUCAGCAAUUCUGUGUAUUGACAUAUCCUGUCAGAUGGAAGUGGGGCUUCAUCUGUCCAUAAAAUCUUCCGCAGCUAAUCAUUGUCCACUUCCAUGUGAGCAAGAAAUUCUAAAGCAGAGGUCUCUUGCCGGCAGGUCAACAGGAAGCGCGUAGCAAAGAAGGAUGUUUUGCAGGAUUUUACACACCGUGCUCACGGUUGUGUCCAGUGUUCGAGCAAUUCUCUGUGAACUACACGUUUGCGUACCACCACUCGUCUCCCCCUGCAUUGCUGUGGCCAAUGAUGUUGAAUAAAUUCGUUUCCCCCCUCUACCAGGUUAUGCCCCAAAGGAACCUGUCUUUUCGAAUUUCUUAAUCAUUUUCUCCAGACCCAUGGCAGUCAUCGGCCAAUGCCUUUUUUCAAAUCCUUCAGUGGCCAGAACUUCUGCAGAGCGAUGUAUGCACAGUCAUCAUUCUUGUAAUACAGCUUUACAAGCAGAGCGUGAUCCUGCAUUGAGACAGUCAUGGUAAAUGUCGCAGACGCGAAAGGAGGAAAAGCCAUGUACCUUGCGAGUUUAUAUCAACUUCAGUGGGUCAUGCGCAUGACAGGUGUUUUCAUUUACAUAUUCUAACAUACAGUGCCAUCUAUUGAUCAAUUUUCACACUAUUUUUUUUCUUCAGCUAUACGUUUCCACCUUCUCUGAUAAUAUUCCAUUGCAAUUUGAUAUCAUUCUGACCAGUGGUGUUAUUUCUACAGCGUUUUGAAAGUUUAACUUUAAUUAUAAUCACUGUCUAUCUUUCUGAUGGAAGAAUUUAUAUAAAUGAAAGUUUUGGGAAAAAAUAAAUGAGAAGAAAUAGGGUCUUUCUAGGCCCAGGUGUAAAUAUUUUAUUUGUCAGUACUCACAGAUAUGCUGUGUGUGACUGAAAUAGUGUAUAGAAAACAAUAUCAGUGAAAUCUAUGGCAAUAGUUAAAGAGAGGGUACAGUUUUCGGGGUAGUGGGUUACAGUAAAUGCACUAUUUGUUGGGGCUCGUCUACUUCAUUAUGAGCAACAGUCACAUUUAACCAGAUUGUAGUUACAUCUGACUUUCUGCAUGUUCAAUAGUAAACAGGCUUAUGUGUUUUGAAACUCGUGAAACUAACAAUUUUCUUGUUGCAUAGCUACAGUUUCAGUUGUUUACUUGUUAGUAUGUGCUUGCACUUUUGUCAAAACUGUACCCUUAUUUGUAGGUUGGGAGAUCAUUGGACUGAAAUGAUGACCAUCAAAACGUGUGGUCACCAUCUCUCUGUAACAAAAAAACUUACUGUAAGAAAUGGGGGCCUCUCGGUUCUGUCUGUGUAACACCCUUUCUUUAAUGAGUGAAUCAUUUAAUGAGUGAAGACUAUAAAAUUUGCAAAUGGCACACAGAUUCUGUAAGAUACCAGAUGCAGUAGGACAGAUUAGGUAUUUCCAGUCUGUUGCCGCUAUGGUCGCAGGUUCGAAUCCUACCUCGGGCAUGGAUGUUUGUGAUGUCCUUAGGUUAGUUAGGUUUAACUAGUUCUAAGUUCUAGGGGACUAAUGACCUCAGCAGUUGAGUUCCAUAGUGCUCAGAGCCAUUUGAACCAGUCUGUUGCAAAUACCAAACAGAAGGCCACAGCUCUUGGUCAUUAAGCUAUUUCCUUUGUGUUUCAUGUAUGACUGACUUGCAAAAUUUGUAUGUUUACUCAAAGAAAUAACGAUGCUGGUACUAAAAUCACCAGUAGUUCCUAUAAUGGUCGUAGGAAAAUAUUCAAAAACAGUAUAUCUGUCGGGCAUUGCUAUCAGAUCUGAAACAUGGAGCAAAAUGCACCCAAUGUGCGUAAAAUCACGCUUUUGACAGAACUGUUGACCUGAAAGAGUAUUAUUGUUUGCCUACAUUAUCAAAUACUCGAAAGUUUACUAAAAAUACUACUGUUACAACGUUAUCAGGCAAUUCCAUAACAGCAUAAACUUCUUUGCAGAAUGAAAGAUUCAUUCUGGAAAUUGAGUAUAUUUUUUGAAAACUCUCACCACAGAGGAAUAGAAAAAGUUCCACAUGCUUUCCACUCCCCCCUACUUGACUUCUUAAUCCCUGUUUUGUCUUUAAUAAGUUUCCUCUAUAACCUCACACUCUGCUGUGAUAUAUUGUCCAACACCCAGUUCUAUCACAAUAGUUAUACUAAAGAAGUAAAGGGUCUUGCUAUGUGUAUCACACAUGUACAGUAGUGUACCAGCUGACCUUGCACAAGAGCUUUGGUCUAAAGCAAAUAUGGAAUUUGUGUCCUAACUUUGAGAGACUUUGGAGCCAGUUAUGUUUAUUUAAUGUUUAUUUUAGAUAAAUAAAUGUUGUUGGUUUUGCAUAUUGUAAAUUAGCCAAAUCUGGAGAUCAUUAUACCACACUCAUUGGAAGCUAAGUGACAGCUAAAGAUGAAAUUUACUGUGAAAUAGAUGUAAACAGAAUUUAACAAUGAUUGAGGAUUGAUAUAUUUGGUAGCUGUAUAUAACAUUUUGUAUGAGUAAAAUAGAUUUGACAAAAGUGCCUCACAGCACAAAAAUGCCGAACUCUAGUAGCAGGUUAUUCUUUUAUAACACUUACAUAAAAAUACAGUGGAAAAAACAGCUAAAUUUAAACUAAAUACUGUAAAUUAAUGUCAGAAAAUGUGACUGUAAUGGAGAGGAAAAAUAAAAUUCUACUUGAAAAUGGAGGAGCUAAUAUGUGUAAAAUAGAAGAAGAAAAACUAUAGGUCAAAUAAAUUUUCCUUCUUUGACAUUGUGAAACAAAAAAGGUGAUGGAAUUAUGAAUUUCUGUCAAAAACAUUUCCACUGUUACUUCAUGCAUUUGGUGUGGGUGCCUAGGAGAAACCUGAAUAAUAAAAAAAAAAAAGUAAAUGCUAAAUGUCAGGAGAAGUUAGGGUGUGAUCAAUUGAAGAAUGGCUUUGCACUGUUUAUUUCAGGUGCUGUCCGAAGGCAUCCUGUGGUAACUUUGAAAAACAAAUAUCAAAUAUAUAUGGAACAUUGGUUGAAUUAAGCUCCCGUCAGAAUGACAGUAGACAUGUGCAAAAAGUUGCAUAGGGAGUCUCCCUUUCUUCAACAGUGGGAACAUUAAAAAUGAAGACUCGUACUUUUUAUUAGCUCAUAUCCUGUGACUACAUGACUCUGUGAUAGUGAAUCAGUGUUUUGUUCAUUUGUGACUUUGUGAACUCAGUGAGAAAUACAUACAUGAAAAUGUGUAAAAACAGUCAGACAUAACUAUAAAGAGCUAUGGUUGUAUGAAUGAAGUGGAGACAGGGUGUUGCUGCUCCUUGAUCUUAACCCUUUCCGCUCCUUUGUUGCACUCAUCCCAAUAUUUCAUGGGUGUUGUGAAUCUCUCAUGAACUUGAAUUAUGACUGUUUGUGCUUGUAUUCAUAAGUAUGGAAGUACUGUACUAAAUAGUGGCCAAUGAAUACAUCAAUAGGGGUCAUAAUGUAAUAAAAUCAUCUUGCUUUAUUGACUGCGUCAGUGUGCAGGUUGUUUGCAACUUAAGUCGAUGUGUCACUGUGUAGUAACUGUGUGUCAAUAUGCAAAUAAUUCAUUUCUUUUUCCACUACCAAUCCUUAUGCAUAAUAUUCAAAUCUGAAAUGCAACUCUGUAACAUUUAACCUGAAGACUCUGUGUUACCCAGAGAAUCUUCACAUCUUUAUAGCGAGCAUGGCUUUCUUUAUAUUGCCAUUUCUACAUGAACAUAAUUCAUUCUCAACUGUCUUUCCUUUGUCCAACAAGUGUCACUGUAGUAGCUGGUCACUUCUUCAGAGUUUUUUCCACAUGUUUAAGGCAAAAUUUCGGAAGUUUCUGAUUGCUUGACAUCAGGUGCUAUUACAUUAUAUAAUUUUUUGGGUAAUUUAAUAUUAUUUUGUCUUUAAUGUGAGAUUUAAGAUGCAUUUGCAAAAAACCAUUUUUUGUGCUAUGGCUUCCUGCCACACAUUUGCAGUCAUUAAAUACUUGUGUUAAAUGUUAAUAGUUACCAAAAAUACUUUUAAAAUAUUGUGUGAAAGUAGUGGUAUCAGGUGUCUGCCAUUGUCGUGAAUAUCGAUCACAUGCACUGAAAUUUGUAUUUGUGGUAUCCUGGCUUCAGCUUAAAGGAAGUCACUAUAUAUUUGAAAAAUAUGCAAUGGAUGAAAUUUUUGGGUACUACUCAGAAAUUUUGUUUUGGUUUGUUUCGUGAUGGAUGUUCUACAUUAUCUCGAUUUAGAUACGGUGUAUGUGUGAAUAAGAAUAUCUUUACAAUGAACAAUGAGUCUCAUCAGACAAUGUUCCAUGUUUGUCAUUUGGAAAGUGAGCACUAUGUGAGUGUUUGCAUGUAUUGAUUUGUUAUUUAAUAAAGAAUAUGUGUAAACAUUA